UUCCUUCCCUCCUUCCUUCCUCUCCCGCGCGCUCCUUGACAAACAAAGCAAACACAAAACAGCACUGGACAAAGCACUUAAUUAAAAAAAAAAUGAGCAAACCAUCUCCGAUUCUUAAAAAGCCAAAAGUAGAGCAGCAAAACAACGACGACGAUAAUGAAGUGUCACUAAAUCAAGAAUGCAAAGAGAACAACGGCAGAGAAGAAGAAGAAGAUAGCAUGGAGGAGCAAAAAGUCGCUUUGAUUGCUCUAAUCGAACAUCGUUCUCGUGUACUUCAGCAUCUUAAGCAACGCGUUUCUUAUUAUCAAACUCAGCUUGUUGAAGCAGAGAAGAGGUUAGAGGAAUCGCAGGUGAAAUUGGGUCGGUUAAGUGGAAAAGGCAAUGCAACAGCGCCUAAUAAACCUUCUGUAGAGAAUGGAAUUAAGAAUGUGAAGGUGGAGAGGAAAUCUCCAAGUCCGGUUCGUGUAAAUGAGGCUUCUCCUGGAAGCCAGCCCCAGUCUAGGACUGAACUUGUGAUUCCGAAAGUUCCUCAACCACUAAAAUUGGUGGGUUCAGGUGCGAGAAUUUCGAGUUGUUCUAGUGCUCAACCGAGUUCUUCCACUCCCUCUAAUGGUGUUGCGAAUGCGAAAGUAGAAAAACUUAAUAGUGUUGCGGAUGUAAAAGUGGAAAAAUCUAAUAGUGAUGUGAAGGUGGAAAGGUCUCACAAAAGUUCGUCUCCUGAUGUUGAAGUUAUUGAAAUUCAGGAUAGAGGAACGAAAAGGAAGAUUGAACAGAAAGAACACAAGGAAUUGAUUCCACUGGUGUCUAGGAGCUCUUCUCCCUGCACAGUCCACUGCCAUACAAGUAAUCAUAUCCCUAGUCAGCACAAAAGAAAGUUGAGAAGUGUUGCUGUUUGUCCAGCCAAUGAUCAGCUUUUUGUGUCCAGUGCUUUGGAUGGAAUGGUCCACCUAUGGCAACUUCAAGCUCGAGGGUCAGGUGCCUCUAUAAUUAGCACCACUGAUUGCGUGUCUCCAUUGCAACGUCGAUGGCCAGAAGAUAUAGCCUGGCACCCACUGGGAAAUAGCUUAUUUUCUGCGUACACUGCAGAUAGUGGGGAUUCUCAGAUAUCAAUUCUGAAUUUGAAUAAAAUGCAAGGGAGAGCACGUGUAACUUUCUUGGAUGACAAGCCUCAUAUUAAGGGUACUAUUAACAGCAUAGAGUUCAUGCCCUGGGAAAAUACCUGUUUUGUUACUGGCUGCAGUGAUCAUGGUGUUGUUCUUUGGAAUGAGAAAGAUGAUGAGAACUUGUGGAAGCCAAAGAUAUUGCACAGGAAUUUGCAUUCUUCUGCUGUCAUGGGGGUUGCCGGGAUGCAGCAAAAGCAGAUUGUACUGUCUGCUGGCGCAGACAAGAGAAUUGUUGGGUUUGAUGUGCAAGUUGGGAGAGCUGACUUCAAGCAUCAACUCGACAGCAAGUGCAUGAGUGUUCUGCCAAAUCCAUGUGAUUUCAAUUUAUUCAUGGUUCAAACAGGGACUCAUGGGAAGCAACUUAGGCUGUUUGAUAACAGACUGAAGCAAAUGGAAAUUCAUUCUUUUGGGUUUAAACAAGAAAGUAGCGACUCUCAGUCAGCUCUGACCAAUCAAGCUUGGUCUCCUGAUGGCCUGUACCUCACAUCUGGUUCAGUAGACCCUGUGAUCCAUAUCUUUGAUAUCAGGUAUAAUUAUGACAAGCCAUCCCAGUCCAUAAAAGCUCACCAGAAACGAGUCUUUAAAGCAGUAUGGCAUUACUCUCUCCCACUUCUGAUUUCCAUAUCUUCUGAUCUGCACAUCGGGUUACACAAGAUCAUCUAGCCUUGGAAGCUUUGUUUCAUACAUUUUAUGCAAUUCCUUUUGUUGGUCAUGUUGGCUGUGCUCCUCAUUUUGCCUUGAGCGGAAUUAUGUAACUUGUUUUGAAGAGGGACAAGCUUAUCUUAAGAUCA